AUGCCCACAUGCACCAACGUCAUUCGCUCAUCCAUAACCCUAAAUGCCCCAACCUACUCGCCUCGCCCAUAUGCCCGUGCACCCCACCGGGCUAGUCAUCCUCACACACGUCCACCCCGUAUGCCCAUGCCCCGACUUGGCCUUUUCUGUCGGCCCAUACACCAACCAGGCACCCCUAUAUAUCGGUUCACCUACCCGCACCCUAGCCCAUAUGUCCGCGUGCCCGGCAAGCCCGGCCCGUACUCCCUACGUGCUAGUGCCUCGCUUGCACGCCUAUGUGCCCUAACCCGAUCGCCUCACUCGUAUGCUCGGGCACCCUAG